CCCGCCCCGCCCCGCCCGGCCCGGCGCGCGCGGAGUUGCUGCUGGGAGGCGCGGGGCUGGGUGUGGCCGGCGGCUCCGGGCUCUGGGCUCGGGGCUCCUGCGAGGCGCUCGCUGCGCCGGCUCCGCGCUCUCCGCAGCGCGCGGUGGACGCGGCCCGUGCUCCUUCCAGCUGUUUUCACUCAUUAACUCCUGAGGUAAACAGAUUGAAAAGAUGAGCGAGCUGGAACAGUUGAGGCAAGAAGCAGAACAACUGCGGAAUCAGAUUCAGGAUGCUCGGAAAGCAUGUAAUGAUGCAACGCUUGUUCAGAUUACAUCAAAUAUGGACUCCGUGGGUCGAAUACAAAUGCGAACAAGACGUACACUGAGGGGCCACCUAGCUAAAAUCUAUGCUAUGCAUUGGGGAUACGAUUCCAGGCUGCUAGUCAGUGCUUCCCAAGAUGGAAAAUUAAUUAUUUGGGAUAGCUAUACAACAAAUAAGAUGCAUGCUAUUCCUUUGAGGUCCUCCUGGGUGAUGACCUGCGCUUAUGCUCCCUCUGGUAAUUAUGUUGCCUGUGGAGGCUUGGACAACAUCUGCUCUAUAUAUAACUUAAAGACCAGAGAGGGAAAUGUGAGAGUGAGCCGAGAGUUGCCAGGCCACACAGGGUACUUGUCCUGCUGUCGUUUUUUAGAUGACAGCCAAAUUGUUACAAGUUCAGGAGAUACAACUUGUGCUUUAUGGGACAUUGAAACUGCCCAGCAGACCACCACAUUCACUGGGCAUUCUGGAGAUGUGAUGGGUCUUUCCCUGAGUCCUGACAUGAGGACCUUUGUUUCUGGUGCUUGCGAUGCCUCUUCCAAAUUAUGGGAUAUUCGAGAUGGAAUGUGUAGACAGUCUUUCACAGGACACAUCUCAGAUAUUAAUGCUGUCAGUUUUUUCCCAAAUGGAUAUGCCUUUGCCACUGGCUCUGAUGAUGCCACUUGCCGGCUCUUUGACCUUCGUGCAGACCAAGAGUUAUUAUUGUAUUCUCAUGACAAUAUCAUCUGCGGAAUCACUUCCGUAGCCUUCUCAAAAAGUGGGCGUCUCUUGUUGGCCGGUUACGAUGACUUUAAUUGUAAUGUAUGGGACACACUAAAAGGAGAUCGUGCAGGUGUCCUUGCUGGUCAUGACAACCGUGUGAGCUGCUUAGGUGUAACUGAUGAUGGCAUGGCUGUGGCAACAGGCUCCUGGGACAGUUUUCUUAGAAUCUGGAAUUAAGUGUCAUACAUAUUUUUUGUUCUCCACUGAUACAUCUGGAGAAAUCAGUGCUACAGCCUAUAGCUGUGAAAAAAUUCUACCUUGUAUUUGCAGGUGAAGAUUUUUCUAUUAGAUUAUAUACAAAAACAAGCUUUCAGUAAACUACCAAAAAAAAAUGUGGGGGAGGGGGGGAGGCAAAGGUGCCUUCUGAGAUCAAAAGGACCAGUGUAUUAAUUUGAGGAGUUAAUUUAACCUUGAAUUGUUGUGUGUACUCAGUCUGUUUUCUUUGUGUAGAACACAAUGUAUACAUUGUAGCAGCUCACCAUUAUGUUUGCAUUUUUUAAGAAGUACAUUUUUAACUUUGUAGACACCAGAAGUGUCACAUUAUUGAGCUUUAUAAUAGAAGAACCAGGCACAGAAAUAGAAAUGCCACUGUAUGUGUAUUUAUGCCUGAAUAAAGUCCCCUUGAAUUCAGAUCUCUUUCUGAAUCUAAGAGGUCCUGAUGGCUUCAUGUUUAAGAGCACUGAUGGGUGGGGCACCUCUGAGGGGGUCUUUCAUUUCUCAUGCAUCUUCUGUCAUACUGUUCAUCUAAGGAGCUCGCGUUUCUCAUGCAUCCUCUGCCAUACUGUUCAUCUAGGGAGGAGCUCCUUUUCAAUCCUCUGAGGGGACAGAUAAUCUGAAGAUUUCACUGAUAUUUUAGACAUAGCUAAGAAACUUCAUUAGCAUUUAUUAACAAAAAAUAAUAGUAUAUAAAUGGUUCUUGACAUUGUAAAUGCCUGAUUAUGAUCAGUUGACACUUUGAGUAACCCUCUUCUAAACAGCUCGACUUUCCUAUUCAUUUUAUAUUCCGGAGCUACGUUUGUAGUGUCUGCCCAUCUUUCAGGAGUUAAACAUUGGGAUUGUCCUUGCAUCUGAACAUCCUUCCCAGUGCUAGCUAUAUAUGUCUAGAUAAGAAAUGCAAUGUGAGUGUUACAUUUGGAGAGAAGUGUAAAAAAUCUAACCAAUUGCUAGCACAUAUUUGUUGUAACAUGGUGGUUUAUUUCAUGUUUGCAUAAUAUAAAAUCUGAAUUGACGUGAAA